AUGGGAUGGAACUCGGACUUUGCUCUAGAUUGUCAUUAUGAACUACGAGACGACGACUUUACCUGGCAAGCAAACCAACUGGCCGAACGAGGAUUCAAUGCGGCUGGAUACAAGACCUUUGUAUUCGAUUGCGGAUGGGAAGCUUCGUCCAAGGAUGGCACACCUGGCUACUUGAAGCGCGUUUUUCCAAAUGGCCCACAAGAACAUGCUAGUUGGUUGAAAUGGAAGGGCUUCAAUAUGGGUUUGGGGACAUGGGGAGGAAAGAUCAACUUAACAAAGGAUUUGAUUGAACAUGGCUCAAAUGAAAAACUUCGCUUGAUCUAG